GGCAACACAACUGAGUAUGUGUAUCAUGCACCACCAGUGUACAUCAGCAAUGUAUCAUGUGCAAUAUAUAAUGUAACCAAUCUAAACUGUACGUGGGAAUGGAGAAAUGAUUCUCCCUCUGAUGCAAGAUAUUCAUUUGCAUUAAGACUAUAUGAUAAAACACUAGCUUGCAAACAAUAUUUGAAAAGCCAUGGGAGAAAUAUUGGAUGCCACAUGAAAGAUGUCUUCCCCAAAGAAAAUAAUGAUGAAAUACCAAAAAUUAGGAUUUGGUUCUUUAAUAAUUUAACUCGUUUCUCAAAAACUUUUCAAACUGGCAUGAUAGAAUUGUUAAAUGCGCCAAUCAAUAUUUCUGUAACCUCAGUUAAUGAGAACACGAAACUUGAAUGGCUUUCUCCACCAAGUAUAAACCCUGUAUCAUCAGAGUGUUUCCAGUAUCAUAUUAGAGUUACAGAGACUCAGACAAAACUAUUCAAGGAUAUUUUUGAUAUUAAAAGCCAAGAAUAUGUAUUUUCUUAUCUGGAAAAAAGACAAAAGUUACAGUAUGCAAAUUAGGGCAAAGAAAAUCUAUUGUGCCAAAAGCAAAUACUGGGGUGCAUGGAGUCAUCCGGUUUUUACAGACAACGACAAAGUAAUCUUUCCAAUAUGGAUCACAAUUUUGAUUAUUGCCUGCACAUCAGUGGUAAUCGUUUUUCUUCUAAUAUAUCUGUUUAUAAGAUAUGUGAAGAUACUGAUUCAUGUUGCAAUUCCGGAUCCUUCUGAAAAAUUAAAACUUUCAUUGUCAUCAAGCAAUAUAAACUGGCAGAGAUGUGUCGCAGUGCACAAUGAACAACCCGAGCCUAUCACAGAAAUUGAGAUAGUCAGCAGUUUGAUGGACAGUCGAGAGUGUCAAGAUUCAAACAGC